UUGCAAUGUCAAAUAAAAAUGAAGUCAGAAAAAGAUCUUCAGAUGAAAUAGAUGCGCAAAAGUUAUUCGAACAAUUUGCGCCUUCACUAUAUUUUGAAAAUCCCAAAGUGUCAUUAAAAAAUGAAUGGUUUAUUAUAGCUGAGCAGACUGUACCUUGUACACGAGAUUCCUUUUGGCAAACCAUAAAUCAUUGGAUAGUUGAGCCUCAAUUUGCUAUCCCACCCAUCGAAAAAGCAAAUAUCAUCUCACGAACACAGUCCGAAGACAAUCAUGAUAACUGUUUUUCUCAGGAACCAACAGAGUCCAUCAUUCGAGAACUAAUCCCAAAACGUAAAUCAAAAGAUAAAAUAUUAACAGAAAAUGUAACUUACUUUGAAAAUGAUAAAGAAUGUCGAGUUAUAUUUCAACCUAAAGAGUUACAAGAAAAUAAUUUACCGUUUUAUUAUCCAAAAGUUAAAGCUUAUAGUUUUGUAUACGAUUCUGAGUCAAAUGUUGAUUCUGAAGAAAGAGAUAAAGAAGAACAAGGGACACUUCGAUUAGAAAUAAUUCCAUUUAAUACAAACCAAGUGGCGGUACUGGAUACAAAAAUGCAAUAUGCUCUCAAAACUAUUUUACAUAAAUUAUUUAAAUGGUGUAUUCAAAAAAGAUUAGGCUAUAAGAAAAAGGGUCAUCAUGAUGUAUUAGUACCAAAGGAAGCCUAUCAAACAAUGUAUCAAACUAUGAAAACAAAAUAUGGUCCACAGCUAGUAGCGAAUUGGACAGAAAAAACAGAUCCUAAAAAAUUUGUUUAUGAAGAUAUUGCAAUUGCAAGUUAUUUACUUUGUCUUUGGAAAGAAGAAGAAAUCAAAAAUAAAAGAAAACCUACUUUUGUUGAUCUUGGUUGUGGAAAUGGUUUAUUAACUUUUUUAUUAGUCAGUGAGGGAUAUGAAGGGUAUGGAAUAGAUAUUGCUAGUCGCAAAAUUUGGUCAGCAUUAUGUAAAAAUCAAAAAAAGAAUAUGCUUAGAGUGGAAACAUUAUAUCCAGCAGAGACUGUAUAUCCAGAAGCCGAAUGGCUAAUCGGCAAUCAUGCAGAUGAGUUGGUGCCAUGGAUUCCAAUUAUUGCUUCCAAGUCAGGAGAAGAUUGCAAAUUUAUAGUAAUCCCAUGUUGUUUCUAUGGCCUUGAUGGGACUCGUUCAAUAUCGCUCCCAAAUACAAAGGACGUGGGCAAGUAUAAAGCUUAUACUGAUUAUAUUACAGAUAUUGCAACAAAAGUAGGCUAUAAAUGUGAACAAGAUUGUUUAAGAAUACCAAGUACGAAAAAUAUUGCAAUUGUUGGUCGAACUAAACAAAAAGUCAAUGAUAUCAAUAUUGAAUUAGUAAAAUCAAUUGAAGUUGCAAGUAGAUUAUUUAUACCUCGUAAAACAGACCGAGAAAAAGAAGAAAUAAGACAGGAGAAUAAGAAGCCAAAAUUAGAAAAAUGAAAGCUUGCUUCUUUUUUUUUUAACGAAUUAAAGA